GGGCUGACCGGGAUCGGACAAAUAUAGGAACUAGCGAGGGUCCUUGGCAAACGUUCUCCAAGUUCAUGUUUAAGCGCUCCACGAAUAUCUUCUGAGGCCACAAGCGCCCAGAUGCACCUUUCCGAUUUCCGGAAAAGCUUCAAGGAUCUAUACGACAUACUAUAGUUGUAUGCAUAGUUUAAGUUGCACGCUUCAAUUCGCAGCAUCACGGUUUGUGGAAGACGGACACUUUGAAGCAUUCAGGACUAUGGGCCAAUGUUACCAUUCCAAGCACGCUAUUUAUAUACCUUCCGUUUAAGCAGCAUACAGACUCUAUCAAGACCCCGUGACCUGGAGACAUAUGACCAGGUGCUUGACAGAUCGCUAUUCCUGGAAAGUACGUCAACAUCAACUCGAUAUUCCCACUUGUAAAGGCAGUGUGAAGCGCAAGAUAUCCAUGCGAGUCGAACAUGUCUAGCAUGCCUAGAGAGACACGCGUAUGGCGAAUUGCGGCGAGUUGCUAUGAUCAAUCGAUCACUCCUGGUCCUCCUCCCCCUUUUCGCCCAGUGAUAUGCAAGCUGGCACCGUUCGAAUCACAUCGGAACAUCUAAUCAGAAUAGAGCAUUCCAACAAAGAUGCUUCUCUACAAGCCUCGGCCAGUGGGCUUCAACCAUACGUAAGCUCACUCGUUCGCGUAGCAGAUUUUCACACAAAAGUCAGUCAAAGGCAUUUGAUGCAGAGUUAAAUUUGCCGCCGCAAGUACAACAACUACAUCUGUCCUUCUUGUUGCAUCGCUCUUUCAAGCAUCGGCUAUGGGUUCAGCUAUAAGUCGUCAACGCCGUGCUCCGUUUGGCUCAUGGGAAUCUGAGAUAAGUGCUGAAGAGGCGGCUGGACAGGGCCUCGCCGCAGGCAUAGAGGAAGUAAUACUCGACCCGGUCACUUCCAAGGUAUACUAUGCUCAGAAACGCCCAAGUGAAGGUGGCAGAUCUGCUAUCCUCGAUGCGUCUGAUGGCAAAGAGCUGCUCGAUCCCGAAUGGGAUGUUCGUACCAGGGUCCAUGAAUAUGGUGGUGGAGCCGCGAUUGUGUUCGCCGACGUACUCUACUUCUCGAACAUCAAGGAUAAUCGAGUCUACAAGGCGAAGAAAGGCUCCAAGCCUGAACCUAUCACACCUGUUAAUGAGGUUCAACGGUUUGCGGACUUCACCGUGCACCCCGAGCACUCGAACUUUAUCAUCGCUACUCUCGAGGACCACACUGAUCCCCAUCCUGCUCGCGUCAAGACGUUUUUGGCGCUUAUUGAUGCCAACACAUCGACUGUCUCCAACAUUGUUGAAGGUGCAGAUUUCUACUCGUGCGCAAGAUUUAGUCCAGACGGAAAGUUCUUAUCGUGGCAGCAAUGGAACUUCCCCGAGCUUCCCUGGCAGAGUGCAGAGAUCUACGUCGCUCCCGUGACUUUCUCGUCGGAGGGGAAUUUAGAGUUGGGUGCACCCUUUUUCGUCGCAGGCAAGCAUGAAGCAAUCUCAGCCGUCGAUCCAAGUUGGACGUCCAACAACAGUCUGCACUUCACAUCCGACGUCAGCGGAUUCCAAAAUCCUUGGAAGUUCACGUUUCACCCGUCAGAUCUUAAGGGGACUGGGAAGGCUUCCCCUAUUCUUCCCGAACCCAUCGAGUGGGAGUUUGGAAUGCCAACAUGGUACCUCAGUCGGCACAGUUCUGGUGCCUUGACUGAUACCAAAGUCGCAUUCAUGGCAUACCAGGGCACACCUCAUUCAAAGCUACUCAUUAUUGAUGUGAACGAUGGAUCUAUCACGGAAGUUCCAACUCCGUACGCGCUUAUCCAGUACAUGCGUGGAGACGGGAAAGGCAAAGUAGUUGGGCAUGGAGAGCCUGCUACGGCAGACGAAGAACUGUUCGAGCUCACACUUGACAAGGAUGGAAAGCCUGUCAUCCGUAAUCUUCUGGCAGAACACGCAAGCAACGCGCCGCCUUCGGACACCUUGUCCACCCCAGAGUAUUAUGCUCUUACACUUGCUCCCGACAACCGAAAGUGCUAUGCAACAUUCUAUCCACCUCAGAAUCCUAUGUACGAUGCAGGUUUGCGGAACGAGAAGCCCCCUGUCGUUGUGCUCAUCCAUGGUGGUCCGUUCUCUAUGGAGGCACCUGUACUCGACUUGACAAAGCAAUUCUGGACCUCUCGCGGCUGGGCUUAUGUUGACGUUAACUAUGGUGGAUCAACCGGAUUCGGCCGUGCCUAUAGGGAGACUUUGCAUGGAAAAUGGGGUAUUCUCGACGUCCAGGACGCAAAGGAAACUGUGGUGGAGCUCGGAAAACUUGGACUGGUCGACCCACACCGUGCAGUCAUCCGAGGUGGCUCUGCGGGCGGGUACACCACCCUCCAGGCCUCUAUCCUUCUUCCAGACUUCUUCGCCGCAGGAUCUCCUCAGUACGGUAUAUCUGAAAUGAAGCUUCUCGAUGAUAUUCUUCACAAGUUCGAGUAUUACCUUUGCGACCGCCUCAUGGGUGGACCGUACGAAGAUAUACCGGAUGUUUGGAAAGAACGGUCUCCGAUCUACCACGUCGAUAAGAUCAAGAUGCCGUUGCUCAUCUUGCAAGGUGACGCUGACACCGUUAUUCCGGCACCACAAAUGGUUGCUAUGGUCGAAGCUAUCAAGAAACAAGGGGGAAAGGCUGAGUUGGUGCUGUUUGAGGGUGAGGGUCAUGGUUGGCGCAAAGCGUCGACGAUCAAGACAGUGCUCGAGAAGCAACUUGAGUAUUUUGACGACGCUCUGCACUUCGUCAACAAGCCGGACUACUGUUGAACAGUGUAGUCCAUGAUCUCUCGUAAAUCCUUGGGAUAUCAUGAGUACUGUAGCAGUCGUCUACGAUCGGAUCAUUCUCAGUCACAACUUAACCUAAACUUGCAUUGUCUCGCAGGUAGUGUUCACGUUGUGGUUGGUAGGCUCAGGUAAUCAUGAGUGUCAAUAAGGAGGAGUCCGUAUCUUGAGCAUACGGCAUGUUGUGAAUG